UAUUUUCAUCACUCAAGGAAUGAAAAUGAAAUCACUAGUAGCUGUUCUGUUGUUCGUCGCAUGUGCGGCUUCUGUCCCGCUCUCGGACAAUUUCCUGGACCAGAGUUGGCAAACAUAUAUGAAAUUAUUUAAUAAAAAAUACAAUACGGCAGAAAAUGAAUUCGUUAGACGUGUCAUCUGGGAAAAGAACCUUCAAUAUGUAAACCAACACAACCUUGAAGCUGACAUGGGCCUCCACACUUACUGGCUAGGACUCAAUGAAUAUGCUGAUUUGGAAAACAGGGAGUUUGUACAGAGAAUGAACAAUUUGAUUCCCAGGAAUCUCACUACCUACAAACCAAAAUUGAUUUUUGCCAACGAUAACAUCAAAGACUUACCUGACACAGUCGAUUGGAGAACAAAAGGUUACGUCACAGAGGUUAAAAAUCAGGCUCAAUGUGGUUCUUGCUGGGCAUUCUCUACAACUGGUUCUCUGGAAGGACAAAUAUUUAAGAAAACUGGAAAACUGGUUUCUCUCUCAGAACAAAACUUGGUUGAUUGUUCCGGAUCAUUCGGAAAUAACGGCUGUGAAGGAGGACUGAUGGACAAUGCAUUCAAAUACAUCAAGAAGUUUGGCAUCGAUUCUGAAGCAUCUUAUCCAUAUGAAGGAAGAGACGCCAAAUGCCGAUACAAGAAAAGUGAUGUAGUUGCUACAGAUACCGGCUACGUCGAUGUCAAAUCUAUGAGUGAGGACUCUCUACAAAGUGCAGUUGCCAAAGUUGGCCCCAUUUCUGUAGCUAUCGACGCUGGUCAUCUGUCAUUCCAGCUCUACAAACACGGCGUUUACAAGGAAUCUCGAUGCAGUGCCACAGCCCUUGACCAUGGUGUGCUUGCUGUUGGUUAUGGUACUGAUAAUGGUCAGGAUUAUUGGCUCGUGAAAAACAGCUGGGGCGGCAGUUGGGGUGUGAAAGGAUACAUAAAGAUGGCUCGUAACCAAAAUAAUAUGUGCGGCAUUGCUACCCAAGCAAGUUACCCGACUGUGUAAACAACAAAAUGAAUACUUUGAUAAAUAAAACUAUAAAUCACA